UCAGAUGGGCCCAGUUCUUUAUCCAUCCACUAAUGAUCAGAGAUGCAAUUGACCGUGAAGUUGAAGCUGUUGACAGUGAAUAUCAACUUGCAAGGCCUUCUGAUGCAAACAGAAAGGAAAUGUUGUUUGGAAGCCUUGCUAGACCUGGACAUCCUAUGGGGAAAUUUUUUUGGGGAAAUGCUGACACUCUUAAACAUGAGCCAAAAAAGAAUGAUAUUGAUACACAUGCUAGACUGAGAGAAUUCUGGAUGCGUUAUUACUCUGCUCAUUACAUGACCUUAGUGGUUCAAUCCAAAGAAACACUGGAUACUUUGGAAAAGUGGGUGACUGAAAUAUUCUCUCAGAUACCAAACAAUGGGUUACCCAAACCAACAUUUGGCCAUUUAACGGAUCCAUUUGACACACCAGCAUUUAACAAACUUUAUAGAGUUGUUCCAAUCAGAAAAAUUCAUGCUCUGACCAUCACAUGGGCACUUCCUCCUCAGCAGCAACAUUACAGGGUAAAGCCACUUCAUUAUAUUUCCUGGCUAGUUGGACAUGAAGGCAAAGGCAGCAUUCUUUCUUACCUUAGAAAAAAGUGCUGGGCUCUUGCGUUGUUUGGUGGAAAUGGUGAGACAGGAUUUGAGCAAAAUUCUACUUAUUCAGUGUUCAGCAUUUCUAUUACAUUGACUAAUGAGGGUUAUGAACAUUUUUAUGAGGUUGCUUACACUGUCUUCCAGUAUUUAAAAAUGCUGCAGAAGCUAGGCCCAGAUAAAAGAAUUUUUGAAGAGAUUCGAAAAAUUGAAGAUAAUGAAUUUCAUUACCAAGAACAGACAGACCCAGUUGAGUAUGUGGAGAACAUGUGUGAGAACAUGCAACUGUACCCACUGCAAGACAUUCUCACUGGAGAUCAGCUUCUUUUUGAAUACAAGCCAGAAGUCAUUGCUGAAGCCCUUAAUCAGUUAGUUCCUCAAAAAGCAAAUCUUGUUCUACUAUCUGGUGCUAACGAGGGAAAAUGUGAACUCAAGGAGAAAUGGUUUGGGACUCAGUAUAGUAUAGAAGAUAUUGAAAACUCUUGGGCAAAGCAAUGGAAGAGUAAUUUUGAAUUAAAUCCAGAUCUUCAUCUUCCAGCUGAAAACAAGUACAUAGCGACCGACUUUAUGUUGAAAGCUUUUGAUUGCCCUGAAACAGAAUACCCUGUUAAGGUUGUGAAUACUCCACAAGGCUGCCUGUGGUAUAAGAAAGACAACAAAUUCAAAAUUCCCAAAGCAUAUAUACGUUUCCAUCUGAUCUCACCUUUGAUACAGAAGUCUGCAGCAAAUGUGGUCCUCUUUGACAUCUUUGUCAAUAUCCUUACCCAUAAUCUUGCGGAACCAGCUUAUGAAGCAGAUGUGGCACAGCUGGAGUAUAAACUGGUAGCUGGAGAACAUGGUUUAAUUAUUCGAGUGAAAGGAUUCAACCACAAACUACCUCUACUAUUUCAGCUCAUUAUUGAUUACUUAACUGAGUUCACUUCCACACCAGCUGUCUUCACAAUGAUAACGGAGCAGUUGAAGAAGACCUAUUUUAACAUCCUCAUCAAGCCUGAGACUCUGGCCAAAGAUGUGCGACUUUUAAUCUUGGAAUAUGCCCGUUGGUCUAUGAUUGACAAGUAUCAGGCUUUGAUGGAUGGUCUUUCCCUUGAGUCUCUGCUGAGCUUUGUCAAAGAGUUCAAAUCCCAGCUCUUUGUUGAGGGCCUGGUACAAGGGAAUGUCACAAGCACAGAAUCUAUGGAUUUCCUGAAAUAUGUUGUUGACAAACUAAACUUUAUGCCUCUGGAGCAGGAGAUGCCUGUGCAGUUCCAGGUGGUCGAGCUGCCCGGUGGUCACCACCUAUGCAAAGUGAAAGCUCUAAACAAGGGUGAUGCCAACUCUGAAGUCACUGUGUACUACCAGUCAGGUACCAGGAGUCUAAGAGAAUACACUCUUAUGGAGCUGCUUGUGAUGCACAUGGAAGAGCCUUGUUUUGACUUCCUUCGAACCAAGCAGACCCUUGGGUACCAUGUCUACCCUACCUGUAGAAACACUUCUGGGAUUCUAGGAUUCUCUGUUACUGUGGGGACUCAGGCAACCAAGUACAAUUCUGAAGUUGUUGAUAAGAAGAUCGAAGAGUUUCUUUCUAGCUUUGAGGAGAAGAUUGAGAACCUCACUGAAGAUGCAUUUAACACCCAGGUUACAGCCCUGAUCAAGCUUAAGGAGUGUGAAGAUACCCACCUUGGGGAGGAGGUGGAUAGGAACUGGAAUGAAGUGGUGACACAGCAGUAUCUCUUUGACCGCCUUGCCCAUGAGAUCGAAGCACUGAAGUCAUUCUCAAAAUCAGACCUGGUCAGCUGGUUCAAGGCUCACAGAGGACCGGGAAGUAAAACGCUUAGUGUUCAUGUUGUUGGUUAUGGGAAACAUGAGCUGGAAGAGGAUGGAACGCCUUCUCGUGAGGAUGCAAAUUCUUGUGAAGCGAUGCAGCUAACCUACCUGCCAACCUCUCCUCUGCUGGCAGAUUCUGUCAUCCCCAUUGCUGAUAUCAGGGCUUUCACAUCAACACUCAACCUUCUCCCUUACCAUAAAAUAGUCAAAUAAACUGCAGUCUUGAUGGCCUGAAGCAAAGUGUAUUU